CCCUCACACACGGCAGUGUGGCCUCCCAGCUCCCAACGCUCCUUUUCUCCCCUGUCCUGGUCUGAAUCAAAGAAAUCGAGCCUCCUUCUCUGCUGAUUGCUUCUCCUGAACCUCGGGGAGCUGCGCGCACAGCCUUCCUCAUCUCAGCGGACCGUGCACCAGAACCGUUUCCUUAAAGUUUUCACGCUGUGCCACAUAUCGGCCGCUUCCCUGCGUCCUGGCAGAUUGCUGUUGAGGAGCAUAAAAGAUGAGCUGCCUCCAUGCGGCGCAGAAGGAGGGCAGGCGAGUCUGCGCUCGGACGCCUCCAUUGUGCGGCUGCAGAGAAACCCCAUUUAGUCCCAGGCGGUGGUCUCCUCGGCAGGCGCGCCCUGACAUCUGCCAAAAGCCUUCUCUAACCAGCAGUGUCUGCAGACAGAUCAAUGGCUGUCCUGUUAAUUAUAUAAUAGACCUUCUUAUGGACCCUCUGCUGAAAGGGCACAAUCGUUUAGGGUCCACCAUGUCUGAUUCUGUCCGCAGCAAACAGGCCUAAAUACCUUUAAUUGCACCUGCGUUGAUGAAAAGUCGAUGGGAGUUAAAUCAGCCAAUGGCUAACAGAGUUUAAAUCCAUCUGUACUCGUUUAUUUAUUUAUUUCCUCAAUUUGUCUUCACAAAUCACCUGCCAUGGGGGAAUGGGAGCUAUAUUUGUUUUGUUUGUGAUCCAAGGACGGGAGGGAAGUGAGGCUCGUGGAGCUGGGAGGAGGUUAGACUCUUAUACUUUCUUUAAUGACAAGUCAGCAGUGAUAAAUAUCGAUAGAAAGAAAAGAGGAAACACAUCAUUCCUUUUCUGGAAAUAAAAAAAAGAUUAUUUUACAGGAAUAACAGAAGAGCUGCCCUCAUGAGGGUUUUCCUCCAAACCAAAGACUGCUGUCUCAGCGCAGGCUUUAGAUGAGAUUAAACAAACAUAUUAAGAUGUUUAACAUGGAAUAAUUUGAGCAUGAAAAGCCAAUAAAUCAGAGGACGGAAUGGCAGAGGAUUGAAUUGUAGGGUCCUGUGCACGUUUGGGUUUGCGCGCGCGCAUGGUCGCUUAAAAAAGAAGAAAAAAAUAAAGAGGGAGGGAGUCAGCCUCUGACAUUUUUCAACUCCUGCUCUGAUUGGCUCUCUUCUGAGGAAGCGCACGGGCUCCUUCAACCACUAAGCGCCUCCCCGUCGCUCUAAAGGACAUUAUAAUGCAAGGGACCUCCUUUUUUAACCACAAACCGAAUUUUGGUUCAUUUAGACGAUAUAUACUUUUGUAAAUUGCCCCAAAGUUGUAGGAUUUUUUUGGAGCGCAUUUCGCCCUGGAGCGGUACGCGAUGCUUUCUCACGCCGACCUCCUGGAUGCUCGGCUCGGUGAGUUAUCAUCACUAAACUCUGGCCCUACUCUCCAGUGGAUGAAGGAUGCUGCAGAGCUGCUCGGACACAGAGAUGCUCUCAAGUGUCGGCUCGGUGGUGGAGUGGCCGAUCAGGGGCAUCCGGGAGACAUGGCCCCCGGCUCGGACUCUGUGGAAGGGACCACUCUCCUGCCGGGGGAAGACAUCACGACGGUGGGAUCCAACUCCACCGGCAUGUCGGUGAACGGGAAGGAGCAGGAGAAGCAGCAGCAGCCGCAGCAGAACUCCGGCCAAGCCACCAGUCAGCAGAAACAGAAGCGGCACAGGACGCGCUUCACGCCGGCGCAGCUUAACGAGCUGGAGCGCAGCUUCGCCAAAACGCACUACCCCGAUAUCUUCAUGAGGGAGGAACUGGCGCUGAGGAUCGGCCUGACCGAGUCCAGAGUUCAGGUUUGGUUCCAGAACAGACGCGCAAAGUGGAAGAAGAGGAAGAAGACCACCAACGUCUUCCGCGCCCCGGGCACGCUGCUCCCGACCCCGGGCCUGCCACAGUUCUCCGCCGCGGCCGCCAUGGAGAACAGCCUGUGCUCGUUCCACGCCAACGACUCGCGCUGGGCCACGGGGAUGCCGGGGGUCUCCCAGCUGCAGCUCCCGCCGGCCCUGGGCCGCCAGCCCAGCAUGGCGCAGUCGCUGUCCCAGUGCAGUCUGGGCCCGGGCCCCCCACCGAACUCCAUGGGCCUGUCGAACGGGUUGUCCUCCAACGGCUCGGGGCUGCAGUCUCACCUCUACCAGUCGCCUUUCCCGGGGAUGUCGGCCUCUCUGUCCGGACCCACGAACGUAUCAGGCUCCCCGCAGCUGUGUAGCUCCCCGGACAGUGACAUGUGGAGAGGGACAAGCAUCGCGUCUUUGAGGCGCAAAGCGCUGGAGCACACAGUGUCCAUGAGUUUUACUUAGUGACUCAUCUCCCCACUUUGUUUCCACUCCUGCUGUUUAGAAGAAACCCACAGAAACGGAGACAAUAGAAAAUAUAACCGGACAACACCUUUGGACAUAUAAAAAAUAUAGUUUGGGUUUUUUUGUCGCGUAAUUCGACAGGAAUUGAUCCCUUAUUGAUGAUAAAUACUAUUGUAAUCAUCUCUAGAAUUAUGGCCAAAUGACUGAGAGCCAAACAUUUGUUUUCAUCAGUGUGUCAUUGCGCACAUUAUUGUGUUCCAGUGACGUUAGUGUUAUGUCAAAUGGUUACUUAUAAUAUUGGACAUAUUUGGUACCAAUCCGCCACUCUCAGUGGGCCUCUCGAUCCGGGUCUGGGCAUGCGCAGUGCACGUGGAUUUAAUCAUCAAAAGAGAAGAUGGAGCAGCUGCUUUUGAAGGAUAAGAGAAAAAAUAAAAAUAAAAAUAAAAAACAAAAAAAGAGAAAAAAAUCUAAAAGCAACGAAAGAAAAUAAGAAAAUAAAAAUUAAAAAAAAUCUAUACAUU